CCUUUAUAUGCUGUCCACGUCACGUCACUCACGUCCGUCAUGAGAAUACCCUCCCCAUCAUCUCUGUCAGAGACGCCAAAACUGUUAUGCCCUGUCAGACAUACACAACACAAACCCACCCGACACACGGAAGACGUCCAUCCCUGUCUGCCUUUCUGUCGCCGAGUGCUUCGCUUUGCCACCCAGGUACCUGUUUAGAGAGUGCCUCGAGGAAGGUGUUGCCGGCGAAGAGCAGAAAGACUACUCCCCCUGCCAGCGCUGCCGCACGCUCAGACACAUAAGACGUCAGAAGCGAACCUGACAUCACAUCACGCCACACCACACCACACCACACACACAGAGGCAGAUCAGAUGCACUCAUGUGUGGGGAUUGAUUGGCAGGGAUGGCAAAGGCUUCUCCUGACCUCCGACGACGGCGAUGAAAGUGGCGAUCAUGUGUCCGACUGAUCCGCCCACGACGACUCCCCAUGGGUUCUUGGCCGCACCCAACGCUAUCGUGCUGAUCAUCGACUUGUCGCCCCACUCAGCCACAAAGAUCAACGAAAACGUCUCUACGUAGACACACACAAACACCGCGAUGAAGAACAGACAGACGCACCUCCCACAACAUAAGCCUUCCCACUCACUGACCAACAAGAAUGGCCCAUUGUGUGGGAGAGAGACCGAAUCGUGUCUGCUGUUUCUCGACCUCCUGCUGGGCCUCUUCGAACUCCUCAUUCUCCUCGCCCUCCUUGCCCUCCUCCAGCCCCGCCUUGAUGUUCUGCACGCCGAAUAACACCAGCAGGGCGGCGGCGGCGUAGUCGUCGAAGGGGACGGUGGUGGUGAAGGGCAGCGCGUGGAACACCUGACCUAUCAACACCGAUAUUGCCGUCAUCAGUAUCAACGCACCAGUCGUCCCUAAUGGCACACACACACACACAGCCACACAGCCACACAGCCACACAGCCACACACACGCAGAUCCCAUUGGUGGCUGGCAGGCAGGCAGGCAGGCAGACAGGCGUACCGAUGAAGACGAGCCGCCUCGAGUACUUGAGCGAGAGCAGGGCCGAGAUAAAGAAGGUCUUGUCGCCGAUCUCAGACAAAAAGAUGAGCGAGAAGCCAGCAAUCAGCGCCGAAUAGAACUCAGGCACGGCAGUCUGCAGGAAGGGCAGCGUGGGCAGCGUCAGGGCCGCUGGCGGGAAGGGCGGCACCGACGGCAACGGCGGGCUGGGAAUCGCCACCGACGCAACAGCGGGAAUCACGCUGCUGAUCAGGGGCAUCAGUGCCACCGCCACAGCAGUUACACCCGCAACCAUCUUCCGCAACCUCUUCGGGUUGGCCCUCAUUCUUGCAAGCCAGCUGUCCAUGUGCGCAUGGUCGUCCUCGAGAGGGCUGAAAGACGGUGGGACUGGGACUGGUCGUCGUAGUGGUGACACCACCUCAGGACCAUCAUCGCGAUCAGCGGGUGGGUCCAGAUCAGUCACCCGCCUAGACAGCAGCGGCGUGUGGCGGAUCUCUGUCAGCGGCUGUUGCCUGCGUGAUGCAUCUACAGGGAUGGCUGUGCGUCGGAGGGCAGCGGGACGAGCAGGUCUGAAUGCCGCGAUGGGUGCCGCCAGCGACAAAAGCAAUGACAGCGCGGAUAGAGGCACCACUGAUGCUCUCAUCGUGGCGUAGCCUGGCGGUGAUUAAGGGGAGCUC